GAGAUUAGGUAGUUGCGUGGGCCCCCGUUCUGGCGCUUUCACACAAAAAAUCGCGGUCUGUCUGGCCACUCAGCCACUAGUCACUUACCUCCGUUUACCGUCGCCGGGCAACGCAACUGCAGACCCGCCGGAAGAUGACUCACUUCCUACCUUCCCUGCCGUCGAUCCUUUUCCUUCUCGCCGUCUUCUCAACAACAACGGUGAAUCUGUGUUUUGCGGAUGGAGGAUUCUGCUCCGUGCCUUCAGUGACGGAGACUGAAGAGGAGCAGAAACAUCUCUAUUGGAAAGUGACGAACCCAACAUUAUCUCCUGAUCAUCUGCGGGAUUUGCCAGGUUUCACGCGCAGUGUCUACAAAACUGACCAUGCGCUGAUCACGCCUGAAAGUCACGUCUUCAGCCCUAUACCAGAGUGGUACCUUCUGCUUUCACAUUUCAAGACAAAUGCGUUGGGAGCUUAUAUGAUCACCCCAGCUAUGGGCUCACACUUUGUGAUGUACCUUGCAAAAAUGAAAGAAAAUUCAAGGGCAGGCCGACCUCCUAGUGGGGUAGAGAGGUUCCUAUUUGUGGUUCAGGGUUCUGCCUCCCUGACUAAUGCAUCAGGUGCUAUUCAGAAGCUUAUGGUGGACUCUUAUGCCUACUUGCCUCCAAAUUACGACCAUGAACUGGAGUGUGUUGAAUCUGCUACUCUCAUUGUCUUUGAGAGAAGGUAUGCUUCUACAAUGGACCGCCUGCCCGAGCAAAUUGUUGGUUCUACAGACGAACAGCCACUUCUUGAAACUCCAGGCGAGGUUUUUGAACUUAGGAAGCUUCUUCCACAGACAUUGCAAUAUGACUUCAAUAUCCAUAUCAUGGAUUUUCAACCAGGAGAAUUCCUUAAUGUGAAGGCAUGACAACAGAUAGGUGAAGUCCAUUACAACCAGCAUGGUCUACUGCUAUUGGAGGGACAGGGGAUAUAUCGUCUGGCUGACAGCUGGUAUCCUGUCCAAGCUGGUGAUGCGAUUUGGAUGGCCCCAUUUGUGCCUCAGUGGUAUGCUGCACUUGGUAAAACUCGUUCAAGAUAUUUACUGUACAAAGAUGUAAAUAGAAAUCCAUUAUAGCUGGUCUGCAGUAAAAGACUUGUUCGUGGACUUAGGCUCUUAUUUGCAGGCUGGGAGACCAAUGGUUCUCAGCAAUUGUCAACAAGCUCCGCAGCUAUUUCCAGAACUUUCAGGGGAGUCAGCAUGUUAUAGUGGAUCCGGUGCUGAAAGGGAAAGAGAAAAGAAGGAAGGUAAUCGAUUCUGCACUUGGAUGCUAAAAUCACAAGUUGAACAACACCCACCAUCGACCAAAUCUACUGUUUAUAGGGCGUGCAAGGAGGGCCUCCACUUUGAACACAAAAUUGGUGCAAAUGGUGGAAAGAAGAAAAGUGUGAUUGGUACACCCCAUAAUCAUCUUUCCAGGUCAGAAUUAUGUGAUGUCGUUUCUUGCCCCAUAUGGUUAGAUAUGAGCUAAGCAUGAGUUCGGUUCAACUCAUGGAGUCAACUCCUAAUAAAGUCUUGUGAGUGUUACAUAGAGCAAUUACGUUGCUUCCACUUGGAUCAGAGUUUGAAAUUCGCGUCGUUUGAAACCUCCGAUUCUAACUAUGUAUUCAAAGCAUGCAUGUGUUUUAGAAAACAAUGUUUUUUUUACUUGGUUUGAAAGCAG